UAAAUAAUCGUGUGAUGAAUUCAAUUCAUUUAUUAAGGAAUCUUAUUUCAUGAUUCAAACGAUGAAGUUUUGGGCAACAAUACUGUUCGCUGUGAGUGUCGUAAACGUGAUUGACUGUUUGGAAUUGAAUUGUCAUUUUCUUGACUUUCAAUAUUCUUUUUUUGACGAAUAUUACACAUGCCAGUCGUAUAAUUUUGGAACCACCCUACACAAUAGAACAGUCACGUCAGUGAAUGGAGUUCAUUUGAUAAAAGGUGGAAAUGUAGAAGUUCAACAACUUUAUAUCCGAGGACAAACAUGUGAAGUCAUCCCUAAAGGAAUCACAAACUUUUUUCCAGAUCUGAAAAGUUUAAGUAUGCCUCAUGCUAAAAUCCAAUAUUUGUUCAAAGACGAUUUGAUAGAGUACAAAAAUUUACGAGCGCUCGAUUUCGCAUACAGCAAGUUCAAGAAAGUUGAUGCCAAAUAUUUUAUUCACACGCCACAUUUGGAAGUUAUUUCAUUCAGACGGUGCCGGGAGUUGGAGACCUUCGGACAAAAAACAUUUGAUUCACUACUAAAGUUAAAAACCCUUCAGUUAAAUGAAGUGAAAUGUAUUGAUAGUCAAGUUGUUGACAACAGAAUGGACGUCGUAAGACUGUUGAUGAAAGUGAAAGUUCAAUGUUCUGAUCCAAAUGAACCACCUGAACAGACAACUGAAACACUUUUUCAACCUCUCAAUCUCAAUCUUAUCACCGAUUGUCGACUGAGAAUUGCUUCAUUAGAAAGAGAAAACUUGAAUUUUCUUAACAUUAUCAAAGAUUUAAGCGAGAAGAAAAAUUGUCAUUAA